CUUUCCGCUCGAGCAGCGCGGACACUGAUACGAGUCACUAUCAUGUAAACACUCCUCAAACCUUUCUGAUAAUUCUUAUUCGAGCAGCAGCAGCAGGGGCUGAAGAAGAAUAAGCAGCAGUUCUGCGCCGAAUAAACCUAUCGGAGGGAGACUGAACACAACAGCCGUGUUGAACAGAUGGCCGGCGACACCGGGGAAAGGAAACGGCUGCCGAAGAGACCUGCAUCUGGCUACAGAGCGGAGAAAGCGAGCAACAGUGUCACCGAGACGGACCGGAUUCAGGCCGGACUCGUGAGCUGUUCGGAUCGCGGUGGCCGCAAAGAACGGAGAGGGAAAGAAAACAGCGUGAGUAAAGCGAGCGCGUCGUCGCGGACAAACCCGGAGAAGAUGGAGGACGCGGGGUCUUGUGGACCGGCCGACAGGGCAGACCCCGGGGUUUAUGUCGACGAGGACAGCAACCACAUUUUCCCAGUAGAGCAGUUCUUCGGAAACCUGGAUGCAGUUCAGGACAUUUCACACAGAUCUACUGGCACAGAGGGAAUGAGCAGACGAGAGUACAGGAGGCGCCAUUACUAUGCCAAAGAGGACAGUGAUGAGGAGCAGACAUAGAACUGACACCGGCUGAGUUUAAAAGUCUCACACAAACGUUGUACGUUUAUUGAAACUUUAAUAAUGGCUGAAACUUUACAGAAAGAAAUGACAGAACACGUGUGUAGUUUUGGAGUUGUAAAUAAUCCUUUUUUUUGUAAGUAGCUCUGUGUGAGGGCACUUUUAACUAAUUUAAUGUAAUUUAAAAAACCCUUUUGAAAAGUUUUCUAUUUCUAUCUGCUUGUUUUUCCAUCAAAGCUCAGUUCUGAGUGCACAAUAGAUUGCUAUCAGUCAGACUCCUUUCAGGGAUUACAGUCAUAACAGUUGUAAUCACAGUGAAGAACAUUUUUGGGUAUUAAACCAGCUUUUGUCUUAAAAUAUUUUCAGUGUUGCAGCUACAAAAAAUCAACUUAAGGUCUUGAUAAAGAGUAUAUUAAAAAAAAAAUACACGAGUAGAGCAUGAAAGACUGCCUCAGACUUUUUUAUUAAAAAGAACUAAAUGUUAUUUUGAUUUUAAGGAGGUUUUAAUGCAGCAUGUUGGUAAAGUAAGUCUGAAUAGCACUGUUUGUAAAGUAACAUGUUACACUUGUGGAAAAAGUACAGUAGUACAUUGGAUUAAAGAUGAAGUUUUAUGAAAGGUGAACUUGCGUAGCACAGAUGCACAAUAGUGCUGCAGGAAGAGAACGUUUCAGAAUUUGGUUAAUCUCUAUAUAAAUGAAUUUUUAGAAAACAUGAAAUACAUUAAAGAGUGUAAGCAUGGUCAAAACUUAAAUAACCCUUACCAAGAAAUAUGCUUUUAUGCUACAAUGUUGACGUUUUUGUAUAUAUAAUUGAUCAGCAUAUCCGUACAUAAAAUAUAUUUGCAUUCUAUUAAGAAGUGUGCAAGUGAGGAGUGUAAUUGGUAGCUGCAGUCUUUGUGUAGACAGACAGCAAUGUAAAAAGACAAACUUAACAUGGAAAGAAGGAUUGUUUUACGUUAUGUGAUGUUAAGUGCCUCAGUCAGGAAAAAUCAUUGUGUUAACUGUAAAGACUGAAUAUUGCUGUUUGUUUUUAACUACGUAAUUGUAAUAUUCAUUUACAUGCUUGAUUAUAUAUUUGUGUAUAUAUUUCAAUGUAAUCAAGAAAAUGUUAUGUAAGUUUGAAUUACAUUGUAAAUCUAAAUUUGCCAAGAGAUUUAUACAUAGACACGCACAUUAUGUGCGUGUUUAUGUAUAUAUAUAUAUAUAUAUAUAUAUAUAUAUAUAUAUAUAUAUAUAUAUAUAUAUAUUAGUUCUGUUGUAUGAAACAUUUGCACUAACUUUAUAUACAAAUAUGUGACUUGUAAGAUUUUAUACUCAUGUCUGUAUAAAUUAUUAGGUAAAUUCUUAUCCGUCUUGGUUUACAAUGACGUCUCUAUUUUUGUAUUGAAAAGACAAAAUUACCAAAUGCUGUUUACACAAUGUUAAUAUUUAAUGUUAAGAACAGUCUGUAUUAAACCAUUUCACACAAAGUAAAAUACUCCGUCCAGACACAGUACAUGUUCAUUGAUUUGACAACAGUAUGAAAUUAAAUGGAAUUGUUGUGGCUUAUGAAA